UGGUUCCGAUUCGGGCACGUGGCAGUUGACAGUUUGAGCCGAACCAAAAAGUCCCAUGAGCGAGACCAGCGCCGCGCUAGAGAAAGUUCGGAAGCAGUGCGUUCUCGACGCGCUCAGCGAGUCCCACGGACGAGAGACCAAGGCGCUCGACUCGGCCCAAGACGGCAAGAAGUCGAAGCUCCUCAUUCGGCAGCAGGAGGCCCUGGACCACCUCGAGUCGUACCACCAGAAGAAGCAGUCGCUGCUCGACCAAGUGCAGCAAGGCGAGGACGCGGCGCUCGCGCUCGAGCAAGAAGAACGCACCAAAGAGACGUUGCGUUUCGACGACAACGACUGGCGCGCGCUCCAGAUCAAGCACAGCGACGAGCUCGAGUCGCUCCGCACGCGCCACGCCCACGAGCAGCAACAGCUCCUCGAAGCCCACGCGGCCGAAGACACGGAGCAGCUACAGAAGCAUUCGCCGGCGCAGGACCAGCUGGACGACCGCAAAGAGUACGACGAGCAAUGCAUGCAGUCACAGCACCAGCGCGACAAGGUGCACCUCUCGGAGAAGCACGCGUUCCAAAAAGAGUAUGCACUUGGUCGCCACGCGCGCGCCCGAGCAGCAUUGGAGCUCAAGCACAAGCAAGAGCAAGCUGCCUUUGAGAAGCUCGAGGAAGAAGAGGCGAUGAUAGUCACCCGUAUGCAGCGUCAGCAAAGCGACUCGCACGAAGUCUCGCACCGCCGCGCGAUGGAAGCCCUCGCGGAGAAGCAAGCGGGCGAAGUGGAACGGGCCAAGGCCGCCAGUGACGUGCACGAAUUCGUCGAUCAAGUGUACCCUGGCAAGACCAAGUUUCCCAACUCGCCAUAA